AUGACGGCCCCCAACAUCCAAAGGGAAUUAAUUAGUGUUUGUGCUCAUUUGACGACCAAGAAAAUUACUGCAAAAAUUGUGAGAGAUAAACAACCGUUCUCUUUACCAGUUGAUGAAUCUUGUGAUGCGACAGUGAAAGAACAAAUGGCUAUUGUUUUUCGCUAUGUGGACAAAAUUGGUUGUGUUAUUGAACGUUUUAUCGGGGUUGUGCAUGUUAAGAAUACUUCUGCAAAGUAUUUGAAAAUUGCAAUAUAUGCCUUUUUUGUAAAGCAUGGAUUGAGUUUGACAAGUUUACGGGGGCAAGGUUACAAUGGAGCAAGCAAUAUGAGAGGUGAGUUCAAUGGUUUGAAGACUUUGAUAUUGAGAGAAAAUAAAUCAGCUUUCUAUAUUCAUUGUUUCUCUCAUCAACUCCAACUAGCACUAGUCAAAGUUAUAAGUAACCAUUCGGCAUUGGGUGAAUUUUUUCAAUCUCUUUAUAAGUUAUCAAACACUAUAGCAGCAUCUUGUAAGCACAGAGAUCUUCUACGUGAUAAACAAUAUGAAAAUGUGAUAUCUUUGAUUUCUAAUGGUGAUCUUCAUAUGGGACGAGGUUUGAAUCAAGAAUACACUAUUAAACGACCAGGAGAUACACGUUGGGGUUCACACAUAGGGACAAUUCAUAGUGUCAUAAAUUUAUUUUCUUCUGUUGUUGAUGUGCUUAUGGUGAUUGAGAUUGAAGGAGACGAUUGGCAAAACAAAAGUCAAGCAAGGAGUUUAUUACGAAUCAUGGAGAAUUUUGAAUUCGUCUUUUUAUUAUUCUUAAUGAAAAGAGUAUUGGGAAUCACAAAUGAAUUGUCACAAGUAUUACAAAGAAAAGAUCAGGAUCUUCUUAAUGCCAUACAAUUUUUACGAAUUUCGAAGCGUCGAUUGCAUAAAAUGAGAAAUGAAGACACUUGCUUCGACAUAUUGUUAAAAGAAGCUUCUGAUAUGUGCAAAGAUAAUGACAUACAAAUCUUGGAGAAUAUGGAAGAUAACUUUGGGAGCACAAAACAGAGGAUUACGCCAAUUACGAAUAAACAUCAUUUUAAGGUGAAAUUGAUGUAUACAGUUUUGGAUAACAUUCAAGAAGAACUCAAUAAUCGUUUUGAUGAAAUAAAUAUGAGGUUGCUUCAAUGUAUGGCAUCUCUUGAUCCAAGUAACUCUUUUGUUGCAUUUAACAAAGAGAGAUUACUUGAAUUUGCAAAGUUCUAUCCUACCGAUUUUCCUCAACACAAUAUUUGGUUGCUCGAUGAUCAACUUGAAAACUAUUAUGAGGAUGUUAGCACCAAUGCCAAUUUCACUCAUGUCGAAGGGAUUGCCGAUCUUGCUAAAAAAAUGGUUGAGUUUAAGAAGGAUGUUGCUUACAACAAAGUUUUCUUGCUUAUUAAAUUAGCACUGGUUUUGCCUGUGGCUACUGCAACAAUUGAAAGGGUGUUCUCUGUAAUGAAUCUUGUGAAAAAUAGUUUGCGGGUAGACACACCUGUGUUGGACUUCAUGGGACAACUUCCGGAACACCUGCAGCCUAUGGUGUAUACCUUAUUAGAGUGCCAACUUGUUGUGGCUUUUGAGGAGUUCGUGGCCUCUCAGCCUGUAGACCUGAUGGCUACAGCGCUCUAG